GAGGGAAAUGAAGGGAGGGGGAGGGAAGGAAUGAAAGGCAAGGGGAGAGUAAUGUCAGCUGAGUUCAGAAAGUAAACAGAGGCCCAGACUGCAGCAUGCUGCCUGCGGGACAGGGACAACACCUGGGGCAAACCCACGGGAGUACUCGAACAAUCCGAUGGACCAACACCUUUACGUCCAGAGGAGAAGGCUGGCUCCUCUCCGUCUCCCUUAUUUUCAUCUCUUUGCCCUUUGGGACAGCAUGGCCUUUCGAUUACAGGUACUUGUACAACCACUGCCCAGGUCCAGAGUGGAGCGUUAUGUGCAGAGGCUGCUGUGAGUACGACGUAAUCCGCUGUAAAUGUCCCCUCCAGGGGACUCAGGUUGGAUAUGCUGUGCCAUGUUGUCGCAAUGCCAUCAACGAAUGUGACCCCUGCAUCAUCCAUCCAGGCUGCAGCAUUUUUGAGAACUGUAAGCGAUGCAACAACGGCACAUGGGGGCCCCAGGAUAACUUUUUUAUUAAUGGUGAAUACUGCGCUGAGUGUCGCCCCGGCUGGUCUGGAGGAGAUUGCAUGAAGUGUGGGGGAGUUAUCCAUAAACGCCAGGGCCAUUUGGUUCUCGAGAGUUACCCCAACAAUGCAAGGUGUGAAUGGACAAUACAAGUGGAAAAGCCUUUUACUAUUGAACUCAGGUUCAUGAUGCUGAGUCUGGAGUUUCACUCUUCCUGCCGUUAUGACUUCGUGGAGGUACGCGACGGGGACAGCAUCAACUCCCGCGUCAUCGGUAGAUUCUGCGGAAACAGCCGGCCGGCCUCGCUUCAGAGCUCUGGCAACACUUUGCACGUUCUGUUUGUUUCUGACGGUUACAAGAAUUUCGAUGGAUUCUUCGCUACUUUCCAGGAAAGCUCAGCUUGCAGCUCAUCUCCUUGCCUGCAUGAUGGCACCUGUAUCCUGGACACCUCUUACACUUACCACUGUGCCUGUUUAGCCGGCUACACGGGGAAGAGGUGUGAAAACGUGGUGGGAUGCCACAGGCCUCCAGUGCCCAAACACGGUUCUACAGAAGGUCUGUUUCUCCACUCCGGCUCUCGAAUCGCUUACCGAUGUGACCCAGGUUUUAAGCUGCGGGGUGUUCGUACUGCCAUCUGCCUGAGCGAUGGCACCUGGAGUGCACCUGCGCCUGAAUGUGUGCCAGUGGAAAGAGUCUGCACUUUACCACCCAAGCCAGUAAAUGGUGACCACUUGUUGGUUUAUGGACCCAAUGAUGUCCUCAUUGCUCUUCAGUACAUGUGCAACCAGCCCUAUGAACUUAUCGGGAUCUCCCAGAGAACCUGCCUCCCUAACAACACCUGGAGCGGGACCCCUCCUGUUUGCUCCAAAGUGAAUAACACUCUAACUGAAAAGGACAAAAAUAAAGCGCAAGAGGCAGAUACAGGCAAAGGAAUAGAUAUCGAGAGUGACAAAGAGAUCAGUAAAACUGAAGAGUUACCUCAACAAAACACAACGGAAAAAGAAAACGCUGGUAGGGAAGAUAUACACCCUGGGCGAGAGAACACAACAUCGGUGGACACGGAAGAUAAAUCCACUGGAACGGUUCCAGAAAGUACUGUGGACAAAGGUAAGGAUGACGGGGAUUUAGAGGAAACAAAUGCUGGGUCAGAGAAGCCCUUCGAAGACAGAAAAAAUGAAGUGGAUACGAAAAGCACAGACAGCACGCUAAACACAGUUGAGGAAAAAGAACCAGAGGCACCAAAUAAUCCACCUAAGAAAAAAGAAGAUAGUUCAGACACUGAGCCGGAUAAAAGGAAGACAAACACCACGGAAACUGUAGUGAGAAAGGACAAAGGGCAGGAAGAGAAGGAACGCAAAGAGGAGCAAGUUAACGGGAAGAAAGAUCCAGAUAAAUUUGGCCCAAACGACACAAAACUGAAGGCGACUGGGUCUGAGGGUGACACCACCGUGGAAAUAUUUGAGCUGGAAACGACAAAGAACAGCACAAGCGCUCAGGAUUCAAAGGAUGCAAGAAAAGAAAAUAACACCACUGGCUCUCCGACGACAGUGAAGAAGAUUCAUCCACCUCGAGUUAACGUGACACAGUACACUUUGUACAGAGCGAGCGGAGAAAAUGGCAAAACAAAGGAAAAAUCUGACGAAACCGAAAUAGAUUCCAUAGAAAAAAAUAACGAGUUGGACAGAAAGAGGGAGGAAAAGGAAAAAGACAGAGACAAAGAAAGCAACCAGAGCCUCACAGAAAAGAGGUGUCCAUCUCUGCCUCGCUUGUACAAUGGCUUCCACCAGGUGGUGCCAGAGACGGAGCUGGAAACUGUGGAGUUCAUGUGCAACCACUCUUAUGCUCUCAGUGGCGAUAAAAGGCGAGCCUGUCAACCAGAUGGUUCCUGGAGUGGCAAACAACCGCUCUGUCUCAGAGCAUGUCGAGAGCCUAAAGUAUCAGAACUGGUCAAACAAAAGGUCCUGCCACCACAGGCGCCAUCCAGGAAAACUAUUGUGCACAGGCUCCUUUCCUCUGCAGUUAACCAGCAGCUCCAGCCUGUUGGGCCCACUAAAGCUUCCCCAGUGCUUCCCCAGCUGCCACAGGGCUUCCACCAUCUCUACACCCAUAUCGAGUACGAGUGUGCCUCUCAGUACUAUCGUCACUUUGGCAGCGCUCGGCGCACAUGCUUGAAGACAGGGAAAUGGAGCGGACGCCAUGUCUCAUGUUCUCCAGUUUGUGGAAAACAUGUAAACUUUGAUCCAGAGAGUCCGGAAGAGGCUCACUGGCCCUGGCUGGCGGCCAUCUACCGGCGCUCCCGCAAGGGGACGGAGACUAAGGUGAUGAAGGCGAACAGCCAGGAGGAAUCUCUGAAGAAGGAUGCUGGAGCCAGAACUCGCAACCUAAAUCAAGCCUCUGACUGGCAGCUGGUCUGCAGUGGGGCUCUGAUUAACCAAAGGACUUUGGUGGUUGCAGCUCACUGUGUGACAGAGCUAGGCAAGAUGUAUCCUGUGGAUACAGCCACCAUCAAGGUGGUUGUGGGGAAGCAUUAUCGUGACGACCACAGGGAAAAUAAAGGUCCUCAACACCUCAGGGUGAGCUCAAUCGUUGUGCAUCCAAACUACGACCCUUAUAUUCUUGACUCCGACAUUGCUGUUAUCAAGUUACUGGACAAGGCAAGGAUUGGAGAAAAAGUCCUGCCGCUCUGCAUGCCGGAGAACCAGGAGGAAGAGGUUAUAUCCGGUCAAGGGCUUGUGACAGGCUGGUCUCCGCUGCCCGAUUCCAGUUUGGGGCUCGGUGAGAAGGCAAGGGUUGGGCUGGUUCACCUCGCUGAUAUUGUCCCAUGUGAGCAGCAGUAUGCUCGUAACGGCGUGCCAGUCAGUGUCACGGACAAUAUGCUUUGUGCCAGCCAAAAACCUGACUAUGGACCAUCUAACAUUUGUCCGUCUGACACUGGGGGCAUCCUUGUCCUCCCUGCCAACUCUGGGAACCAGGUCAGCCAUAACUCCAAACCCUCUCAGGUGCAAGAGAACAACAAAGGCUUGUGGAGACUGCUGGGACUGGUGAGCUUUGGCUAUGAUCAGGGGGAGUGUGAUCCUGAACUCUACACGGUAUACACACGUGUAGCCAACUUCAAAGACUGGAUUGAGAGCAACAUGAAAUGAAGACCUGGCUGAUUUUCUGUUUCUUGGUUCAAAGUAUUCAUUUUGUCCAAUGUCUAAUGCAAAAGGGCAUUUUCUAAAAAAAAAAUGCAGACGCAACACUGGACAAUAUACUGUAAUGCUUUAACUGAAGGGGCUAUUGUGUCGACGCAAAUAGACGUGUUAAGCAGGGACCGCUUCCUCUGAAUAACUCAAAAUGUAGGCCCCUCAGCCUAAUAUUAAAGACUUGAAAAGGACCAGAACCGAAAACAAUCCAGCCAAUCGUUCUUGCUGAUAAUGUUUUGGAUUGUGCUCGUUUGUUAUUUUGCUUUUCUAAUUAAUAUCAGUUCUGAUUGGUGCAAAAGUUGUACAUAAUGUAUUAAAAGACAAUGUAAAGUUUUACAUUUUUAAUAAAUAAAGAGGGUGUUAAAAGUUGA